CGCUAUGUUGUAUAUAUAUCUACGUUGCUUCUCUGAACUGGCCGCGUCCAGUAUUACCAAUCUGCUAAUGCAGCGCCGCCCACCGUCUCCUACACCUCAGUAGGAUUGGUAGCCAACAUCUUUACGUCUGGCUCUCGGUUGUGUUGUUCCUUUGUUUUCCCACCUGUUUACCGGUUGCUGAAGCAAGGCAUGUGGUCGAUCAGCGUGAAGCACCUGGUGCUUCUUCUUCUCGGCCUUGCGAAUUUCACACUAGCAGACAAAAUACUUCUCGGCUACCGAAGAGUGAAUAAGCUUGAAGCAGACCAAAUCAAAAAGGAAAAAAACAUCUUCCGUGAUAUCAAAUUUGACGAAAAAGCAAAACUUAAGGGUUGGGCCCAAAUUGGCUAUGGUGUUUACCUUUCAAUGGCGGUACAUAGCUACAGGGACAAUCCAAAGGACUGGUGGUGUUACGUUGAGGCGGAGAGAGACCAGCUCGUUGCUGCACCGAAAGUCUGGAUCCCCAAAGACUAUUGGUAUCAUCCUGAGGAGGAAAUUGAGGGCUAUGUGCAGUCUCAGUUGGCAAAGAAGGAACACGCAUCGUCAGCCAUACGGAUGUCCAAGGUCGAGGCCGGCCACGAAAACAAUAUCCAGAUGCUGAUACCGACCUGGAUGGUGCAGCAAAACGUCUUGGAGACUUCUGCGCGCUGUUACCAAACUGUGAACGAGCUACCCUAUGUGAAUCCUGUUUCGUACGAAAACUGGCCCAAUUUCCGUAACGAGCCUAAUGUCGGUGAGGAUGAAGAGUCGUCGUCAGGGGGGAGACGGAAGGGGAAGGCCGAAAAGGGGAAGACUGCAAAGGGGAAGCCUGAAAAGGGGAAGCCUGAAAAGGGGAAGAUUGAAAAGGGAAAGACUCGAAAGGGGAAACCAAGGCCGCAAUAGAAAGGGGGCAGCGGCGGGCGCCGGAGACCCAAAGUAAGGAAUCAC